CUCAUUUAAAAUCCGGGAAAUCUGAUGAAUGGGAUGAUGUAAAGCUGGCUCAAGCCAAGUCUCUAAUGUUUGAAUUAGCCAUGUUCAAGAGGACGAUCUCGGCCGUAGAAAAUUGCAGUCCAUCGGUCAUCCUUGCUGGUGAUUUCAAUUCGAACCCCUCGAGUGAUGUAUAUGAAUACGUAAAUUCAGACAAUAUACCGGUGAUGUGGCCUUUGGGUGGCGAAGAAGAAGAAACUGUUUGGACUAUGCAGUGCGUAUGGAUUCACGAAAGGAGAGCCAAAGUUCACAAAAUAUGUGCCAGGAUUUGCUGAAACACUCGAUUACGUGUUCUUCACGCCUUCUGAUUUCAUUUCACCUGUGAAGCUCUUGGAUUCACCCGACGUAGUCGAUUUCUUACCUAAUAAA